AUGCCAGAGGGGGCCCCAGGUGUGCCUGAGGAAGCCCAGGGCAUGCCAGAGGGAACUCCGGGAGAUAUGGCUGCUGUGCCAGGCAUGCCAGAAGGCAUUCCGGGUGUUAUGACUGCCACACCGCCAUUGGCGCCUAAUGGUAUGGAGCUCUUGAACCUGGCUAAAAGGAUCUCAGAAUGUGCCACCAAGAUUGGAAAUGUGAUUGAGAAUCUUGCCAUCGCCUUGGAUGAUUUCAAUCAGGGAAGGAUGGAGUUGCAUAAAGGAUUCAAAGAACUGAGUGAACAGAUCAAGAACACUGCACACUGUAUCACCACUAUGACAUCAGGAGUGUCAUUUCAGUCUGGGGAGAUCACCAAGCUUCUCAAGGCUUUCGAUCGGUGGGCUGCCACGGGUCGUUGGGCUCUGGCUGGAAGCCAGACGGUGGAGACCAACAUCCAAGGAGUCCAAAGAGAGGUUGAAAAGCAAGCAAAGAAGAAGCCAGUCUGA